AUGACGCCCAACUCGGGGCUGGGAUGUGAAGGAUCGGUGAGAGAGAAACUGAAGUUGAAAUAUGGGCGGCGCUUGGUCCUGCAGGAGAGUGGGGCAGUGGAUUCCAAAAGUCAGAGAGUGAAACUUAGUAAUGGCCACUUCAUUCCUGUCCUGGGAUUUGGAACCUGUGCACCUCCGGAGGUUGCUAAGAGGGAAGCUCUGGAAUUCACCCCAUUUGCUAUAGAGGUUGGGUUCUGCCAUAUUGACUGUGCUCAUGCCUACCAAAAUGAAGAGGAGAUUGCCCAGGUCAUUCGAGGCAAGAUUGCCGAUGGCACUGUGAAGAGAGAAGACAUAUUCUGCACUUCAAAGCUUUGGUUAACUUCCCUUCGACCAGAGUUGGUCCGAGCAGCCUUGGAAAAGUCACAGAAAAAUCUUCAAUUGGACUACGUCAAUCUCUAUAUUAUUCAUUUUCCAGUGGCUCUGAAACCAGGGGAUGAAUUAUCCCCAAAAGAUGAAAAUGGAAAACUAAUAUUUGACUCAGUGGAUCUCUCUCAUACAUGGGAGGUCCUGGAGAAGUGUAGGGACGCAGGGCUGACCAAGUCCAUCGGGGUGUCCAACUUCAACCACAAGCCGGGGCUCAAGUACAAGCCAGUCUGCAACCAGGUGGAAUGUCACCCUUAUCUCAACCAGAGCAAACUGUUGGAUUUCUGCAAAUCACAUGGAAUCAUUCUUGUUGCCUAUGGUGCUCUGGGAUCCCAACGAGUAAAAGAAUGGUAUUGAAUUCUAUUGGAGCUACCUGGUGAAGUAAUUAGCCUCCAACUAAUAAAAAAAAAAAUAUAUAUAUAUAUAAACAGUUUAUGAAACAAUA